AUGAAUGUUAAAAAUCAAACUUUUGUGAUUGAAUUUUUUUUCAUGGGAUUAACAAAUCACUUCCAGCACCAGGUUGCUCUCUUCCUGAUGUUUCUCUUUGUUUACCUUGCCACUCUACUGGGAAACCUGGGAAUGAUCACUAUCAUUUGGAUAGAUUCCCGACUCCACACGCCUAUGUAUUUUUUUCUCAGCCACUUGUCCUUUGUGGAUGUCUGCUCUUCUUCUGCCAUUGGUCCCAAGAUGUUGACUGACAUCUUUGUGGAGAAAAAAGUAAUCUCUUUCUUUGGUUGUGCUGCCCAGAUAUCAUUUUUUGGUCAGUUUGUAGUGACUGAAUGUUUCCUUCUGGCUUCCAUGGCAUAUGAUCGAUAUAUAGCCAUCUGUAAACCCUUGCUGUAUACACUCAUUAUGUCUCAGCGACUCUGUAUGCAGCUGGUGGCAGGGCCUUAUGUCGUGGGCCUUAUAAGCACCAUUACUCAUUCAACUUUCACCUUUCGCCUACCCUACUGUGGUCCAAAUACCAUCAACCACUUCUUCUGUGAUCUUCUUCCUGUUCUCUCCCUGGCUUGUGCAGACACUCAAGUCAAUAAAUUUUUACUUUUCAUCUUGGCUGGGGCCCUUGGAGUGCUCAGUGGCAUGAUCAUCUUGAUUUCCUACGUACACAUUGUCAUCACCAUCCUGAGGAUCCGCUCUGCUGAUGGGCGAUGCAAAGCUUUCUCUACCUGCUCUUCACACCUAACAGCUGUGUGCAUCCUUUAUGGGACACUCUUCUUUAUCUAUGUACGUCCAGGCUCUAGUUUCUCCCUGGAUAUCAAUAAAGUGGUAUCUGUGUUCUACACUGCAGUGAUUCCCAUGUUGAAUCCACUUAUCUACAGUCUGAGAAAUAAGGAGGUCAAAGACUCAUUCAGAAGAAAUUUUGAAAGGAAGAAGUUUCUUGUAAGAGGGUAA